UCAGCUCGGUCCUGGCUGCCAAGCCCAUGGGCAAAGGGGGGUGGGUACUGCCGGUGGCCAGGCAAGGACUGUCCCUGGUCUUUCCCUUGUGUGGGGCCUCCAGACAAGGCUGGCAGUUCCAGUCGGCAUGGAGAGGCCCCAGAGCUCCAUCUGGGUCUUUAUGCUGUUGCUGUUCAUGGUGUUGCUCCAGAGCCCAGCCUGGCACGUAGCUGCCCAGCGAUGCCCACAGACCUGUGUCUGCGACAACUCAAGACGGCAUGUUACCUGCCGGCACCAGAACCUCACCGAGGUGCCAAACACCAUCCCUGAGCUGACCCAGAGGCUGGACCUCCAGGGCAAUAUACUGAAGGUCCUCCCUGCAGCGGCCUUCCAGGACCUGCCCCACCUCACGCAUCUGGACCUGCGGAACUGUCAGGUGGAGAUGGUGGCCGAGGGUGCCUUCCGUGGCCUGGGUCGCCUGCUCCUCCUCAACCUGGCUUCCAACCGCCUGAGCACCCUGCCCCAGGAGGCGCUGGACGGGCUGGGCUCGCUGAGGCGCCUGGAGCUGGAGGGGAACAUGUUGGAGGAGCUGCGCCCGGGGACCUUCGGCGCCCUGGGCUCGCUGACCACUCUCAACUUGGCCCACAACGCCCUGGUCUACCUGCCCGCCAUGGCCUUCCAGGGGCUGCUGCGCACCCGCUGGCUGCAGCUGUCUCACAAUGCGCUCAGCGUCCUGGCCCCCGAGGCUCUGGCCGGCCUGCCGGCGCUGCGCCGUCUCAGCCUGCACCACAACGAGCUGCAGGCCCUGCCCGGGGCCGCCCUGUCCCAGGCCCGCAGCCUGGCGCGGCUGGAGCUGGGUCACAACCCGCUCACCUACACGGGAGAGGAGGACGGCCUGGCGCUGCCCGGCCUGCGGGAGCUCGCACUGGACCACGGGUCCCUGCAGGCCCUGGGGCCCCGGGCCUUCGCCCACUGCCCGCGCCUGCACACCCUCGACCUCCGCGGGAACCAGCUCACCACCCUGCCCCCGCUACAGGUCCCCGGCCAGCUGCGCCGCCUGCGGCUGCAGGGCAACCCGCUGUGGUGCGCCUGCCACGCACGGCCCCUGCUCGAGUGGCUGGUGCGCGCUCGGGUGCGCUCGGAUGGCGCGUGCCGGGGCCCGCGGCGCCUGCGAGGCGAGGCCCUGGAUACGCUGCGGCCCUCUGACCUGCGCUGCCCGGGCGACGCGGCGGCGGGGGACGGGGAUGGGGACGAGGACGAGGACCGGCCGGCCGGUCCCCGCGCUCCUCCUCUUCGCUCCCCGCACGGAGAGGCCGCGUGGGCCACGCCCUGCCCUCCAGCCUGCGCGUGCGUCGCCGAGACCCGGCACAGCACUUGCGACGGCCGCGGCCUGCAGGCCGUGCCCCGCGGCUUCCCCAACGACACCCAGCUCCUGGACCUGAGGCGCAACCACUUCCCCUCGGUGCCCCGCGCGGCCUUCCCGGGCUUGCGCCACUUGGUGUCGCUGCACCUGCAGCACUGCGGCGUCGCGGAGCUGGAGCCCGGCGCCUUGGCCGGCCUGGACCGCCUGCUCUAUCUCUACCUCUCCCACAACCAGCUCUCGGGCCUGAGCGCCGCCGCCCUCGAAGGGGCCCCCAACCUGGGCUACCUGUACCUGGAGCACAACCGCUUCCUGAGGAUCCCGGGGACCGCUCUGCGGGCCCUACCCACCCUUGUCUCGCUACACCUCCAGGACAACGCGGUGGACCGCCUGGCGCCCGGGGAUCUGGCAGGAGCGCGGGCUUUGCGCUGCCUUUACCUGAGUGGCAAUCACAUCACCCAGGUUUCACCCGGGGCGCUCGGUCCAGCGCGGGAGCUGGAGAAGCUGCACCUCGACAGAAACCGGCUGCGAGAGGUGCCGACUGGAGCCUUGGAGGGGCUGCCGGCGCUCAAGGAGCUGCAGCUCUCGGGGAACCCGCUCCGGGCUCUUCCAGACGGCGCCUUUCAGCCCGUGGGGCGGUCGCUGCAGCAGCUCUUCCUGAAUAGCAGUGACCUGGAGCAGGUGGCUCACUGGGCUGAACCUGCGGGUGGGUGCCACCUGUGCCACCCCUCCCAGUGUCCGUGGCCAGAAGGUGAAGGUUGCAGCUCCUGUCUUUGAAGCCUGCCCAGGCUGGACUGCCAGGAAGGCCAAGAGGACACCAACCUCCAGAGGCAGUGCCAGGAGAACUCCCAGCCUCAGCCGACAUUGAGGAACAGACAAGGUUAGCCCUGGGAAGCUGAGCCCCGACUUUUCCCAGUCCUGCCUUGUGAUUCUUGAGCUGGGCAGUGACCCAUGGUCUCCUUGCAUGAUGCAGUAACAGCCCUUCCCCUCAUACUCAUGACUUGACGCUUUUGUCCCAAGUCACAACUUAUUCAUCCCAUCUCUGUUUUUACUCCAUCUGCGUGGACCCCGCCCUUUCCCAUCCUGACCUCAGGGAGGAGAGGGGGAGUUCAGGCCUCCCACCCACCUGUCAGUCACAGGCUGAGAUGCCACUUGAUGGGACAUUCAGGUCCUGACCCAGCCUCAACUCUCAACGUGCCUUGAUGUAACUCUGAGGGCUGAGCAGGCUGCUGCAGGGUGAGCCCCUAGAUGCAGGAGGCCCCAAUGCAGACGCGUAAGACCAAGUGUGGAGUCCAAAGGGAGGAGACCGUGUCAGAGAGGAAACGAGCAAAGAGAAAGGUGUUGGGAAGGUGGGGAGAAGGCUGUGUCCCGCCCCCAACUCUGGGUUUGAAGACUUGAGGCAAUCAAGUGGUGUUUAUAUUAGUUCCCCCGAGGUGGCCAUGAGACUGAACUGUGAACUGGGUACAGCACAAUGUGCCUGACUGUCCUUGGAGGUUUGAGGUUGGAAAUCAAAGUGCUGAUUUUUUUUUCUUUUUUUUUUUAUUACGUAUUUUCUUCAAUUACAUUUCCAAUGUUAUCCCAAAAGUCCCCCCCCCCCACUCCCCUACCCACCCAUUCCCAUUUUUUGGCCCUGGCAUUCCCCUGUACUGGGGCAUAUAACGUUUGCCUGACCAAUGGGCCUCUCUUUCCAGUGAUGGCCGACUAGGUCAUCUUUUGAUACAUAUGCAGCUCGAGUCAAGAGCUCUGAGGUACUGGUUAGUUCAUAAUGUUGUUCCACCUAUAGAGUUGCAGAUCUCUUUUAGCUCCUUGGAUACUUUCUCUAGCUCCUCCAUUGGGGGCCCUGUGAUCCAUCCAAUAGUUGACUGUGAGCAUCCACUUCUGUGUUUGCUAGGCCCCGGCCUAGUCUCACAAGGGACAGCUAUAUCACCGUCCUUGCAACAAAGGCUUGCUAGUGUAUGCAAUGGUGUCAUUGCUUGGAGGCUAAUUAUGGGAUGGAUCCCUGGAUAUGGCAGUCUCUAGAUGGACCAUCCUUUUGUCUCAAAGUGCUGAUUUUCAAUUGCAGCCUGGAAUAAAGGAGCCCAUCUUGCUGUUGCUGGCCGGUGGCCUGUGCCAUUUUCUAA